AGAGGGAGAGAGAGGGAGAUAAAUAGAAGAUAGGGCGUAAAGGUUGAGAAUGGCCAAGGCAAAUGACUUUCUUCGUUGAAGAAAAAAAACGAAGACACAAUAUAGGAGCCAUAAAAAGGAUUAAGAGAGAGAGAGAGAGAGAGAGAGAGAAGAUGUGCCGGCUGGGCGGCGGUUGAUGCGCGCGCAUCCAGUUAAGAGAUAGCGGUAUCGGCGCGCGAGCGUGUUUGUUGUGUUUGUGUUUGUGUCGUGUCGUGUCGUGUCGUAUCAUAAGAGCGGGCUGAACAGUGUCGCGUGGCUCAGACCAACUUGGACCGUCUCUUCAAGUGGGACUUUGUGUUUAUUCACGCGUUGUUAACUGCAAUACCUACCGCGUUAAACUGCCAGCUGGAGAAAGAGUUGACCUAUAUAGAAUCGGGAAUCAAAGGAUUACUGCCUACCCUAACGUAUCGUAACUUGUCCAGUGUUUAAUCGGCCACAUUUUCACUGGCAUCGAAUUCAAACUGAAAGAUUAACUACGGCAACAUGUGCGGAAUAUUUGCUUAUCUUAACUAUCUCACGCCGAAGAGUAGAAAGGAGAUUUUGAAGCUUCUCGUUGGUGGAUUGAAAAGAUUGGAAUACCGUGGAUAUGAUUCUGCAGGCGUUGCCCUUGAUACAGCAGGAGGAAGAGAUAUUUCCAUCAUCAAGAAGCAAGGAAAGGUCAAGGCACUCGAAGAGGAAAUCUUUAACUGUACAGACAUUGAUUUUGAAUCUAAAACUGAUAGUCAUGUUGGUAUCGCCCACACUCGUUGGGCCACUCAUGGUGUACCAUCCGAAGUGAAUUCCCAUCCGCAACGAUCCGAUUUUGAGCAUGGAUUCGUCGUUGUUCACAAUGGUAUCGUGACGAAUUACAAAGAAGUCAAAACAUUACUCGAGCAAAGAGGAUAUACUUUUGAGAGUGAAACCGAUACCGAAGUUAUUGCUAAAUUAAUUCACCAUCUUUGGAUUAUUCAUCCAGGAUAUUCUUUCCGUGAACUUGUCGAACAAGUCGUACAACAAAUAGAAGGGGCUUUUGCAUUGUGUUUCAAGAGCAAACACUUCCCCGGCGAGUGCGUAGCUACGAGAAGAGGUUCACCCCUUCUAGUUGGUAUCAAGACGAAAACAAGAUUGGCUACCGAUCACGUGCCCAUUUUAUAUGGCAAAGAUCAUCGUCCUCACGGACGUAAUGCCGAGCUUCCUGUGAUACCAAGAAGCGAGAGUACAUCCGAGUUUCAACCCUUGGAAGACAAAGAGGUGGAAUACUUUUUUGCAUCCGAUGCCAGUGCUGUGAUCGAACACACCAAUCGUGUUAUCUUCCUUGAGGACGACGAUGUGGCUGCUGUAAAGGAAGGAGCUCUCAGUAUCCAUCGAUUGCGUCGUUAUUUGGAUGAUCCUCACGCAAGGGAGAUCACGACCCUUAAAAUGGAAAUUCAACAGAUCAUGAAGGGUAACUACCAAUAUUUUAUGCAGAAGGAAAUCUUCGAACAGCCAGAAUCCGUGGUGAAUACGAUGAGAGGUCGUUUGAAUUUCCAAGACAACUCUGUCACCCUAGGUGGUAUCAAGGAUUACAUUCCUGAGAUAAAAAGAUGCAGACGAUUAAUGCUCAUCGGUUGUGGUACGAGUUAUCAUUCAGCCAUUGCAACGAGACAACUACUCGAAGAAUUAACAGAACUUCCGGUAAUGGUCGAACUGGCAUCAGACUUUUUGGAUAGAAAUACUCCAGUUUAUCGCGACGACGUAUGUUUCUUUAUUUCGCAAUCUGGCGAAACUGCCGACACCUUAAUGGCACUGAGAUAUUGCAAAGGUCGAGGUGCUUUGAUCGUUGGUAUUACGAAUACCGUCGGCAGUAGCAUUUGUCGCGAAUCGCAUUGCGGUGUACACAUUAACGCUGGUCCUGAAAUUGGUGUAGCCAGUACCAAAGCAUACACAUCUCAGUUUAUAUCCUUGGUAAUGUUUGCAUUGGUUAUGAGCGAGGAUAGAAUCUCUCUCGGUUCCAGACGUCAACAGAUCAUCGAAGGAUUGAAGAAUUUGGACAAAUUGAUUCGCGAGGUAUUGAAAUUGGACGAUGAAGUAAAGGAAUUGGCAAAGUCCUUGUUCCAACAUAAGUCUCUUUUGAUCAUGGGUAGAGGAUACAAUUUUGCCACGUGCAUGGAAGGUGCUUUGAAAGUGAAAGAGUUGACUUACAUGCACAGCGAAGGUAUCAUGGCGGGUGAAUUAAAACACGGUCCGUUGGCUUUAGUCGAUGAUUCCAUGCCCGUAAUCAUGAUAGUUAUGAGAGACCCUGUAUACGUGAAAUGUAUGAACGCUCUACAACAAGUAACAGCACGCGAAGGGAAACCUAUCGUUAUUUGCGAGGAAGGUGACAAAGAAACAAAAUCUUUUGCUUACAAGGCACUAGAAAUACCAAAAACUGUUGACUGCCUUCAAGGUAUUCUCACAGUUAUUCCUAUGCAACUAUUAUCUUUUCAUAUCGCAGUUUUGCGUGGUUGUAACGUCGAUUGUCCACGUAAUUUGGCAAAAUCCGUUACUGUUGAGUAAAAUUUUCUAAAUCGAUUAUAUUCGACAAUGAGCUAAGAAGCAGAUGAAGGAAGACAAGAAAGAGAGAGAGAGAGAGAGAGAGAGAGAGAGAGAGAGAGAGAGAGAGAGAGAAGAAAGAAUGUCACGAGACGAAGUUGAAAUUUUGAAUCUUUCGAGAGUUCAGAAAUAUUUAUCCAUUGGCGAUAAAAAUUAAACGAUCAAUACGAUUGUUUGUUCGUAUAAUUAUAGUACUAUUCGUUGUACGAUUAAUAACAUUGGACAACAAUACUAAUUACAUACACACGUUGUUUUUAUAAGGGCAACGCGGUUUUUCUUUUUUUCAAGAUUCUUUUUUCUCUCAAGGACCAACAGGGCUGUGUAUUUAGUCUACACGUCGAUUUCGAAAGUAUAUACUACUUAUAUACUUACAUACUUUUUGGUCAUAGCGAUGACGAAUUAAACUAGAUAUUUUUAAUUCAUUCGAAUUUCGAGUAUAACAAUAUGAUAAAAAUAAAAAAAAACAAAAUAAUAUGAUAUUAUUAGGUAUAUCUACUUUCGAGUCUACCGACGAUAAGACGAUAUCGAGGAUUUUUAAUAUUUUAAAAUAAUUACCUAGAGAGGGCAUUAUACAUCGUUGAUUUGACAUAUGUAUUUUUUAAACAAAACUGUUUAUAUUUUUUAGUUAUUCAUAUGAAAAAAUAAUUCCAAUGCAUUUAUAGAAAUGACGAAGAUUAAGACGAAGAUUGCUUUUUUCCUAGAUCGUAGUUCUACGUUUCGUACGACAAUGUGAUAUUACCGAUUAAAAUCAUCGGUUUUUUUCUAUGAGAUUGCGACGAACCAUUUUUACACUUUGAAGAAGCAAACUAAUCAUUUUUUUGUAAUUUUAAAUUAAUUUUCGCGCGAGUAAAAAUGUAUAUUUGACAUCAAAGUUAAAUCGUCUGAACGAUUAGAAUCGAUCAAUAAAAUAUCGCGUCCAUUUUUCCACUUCCUCGAACAAAAAUCUGUCCCUAAACUAUUCCCAAAGUAACCGAACGUUCGAUGAAUCAGAAUUCAUCGUGUUUUAAGUGGGCAGGCAAUAUAAUAAUGAGUUUUUUAAUGAUUAUAUAAUAUUACAUAAGUCGUUAAUAAAUGAGCGUAGACGUAGAAUAUCAUUUUAUACUAAAAAAAAGACUUUACGAAUAUAAGACGGGUAGCUAUUAUUGAUUUAGGUCUCACAAAAAAAAAUAAAAUGUAAUUA